CGGAAUUCCGUCAACCGAGGCAUUACAAUGGAAUAUGGGAUUUCAGACUAUUAGACACUGGAAUUAGGGCCUUUUUUCGCUGUGCACAAAGCAAUGUGGAGCAAAUAAAGAUCCUGAUACGUUGAAACUCGAGACUUUAGAUAAUGGGCUGUGUGCAAUGCAAGGAUAAAGAGGCAGCAAAACUCACUGAGGACCAGAGGACCAGCAUCUCACAGAGUGCAGGCUAUCACUAUGGGGCUGACCCCACCCCGCAACACUACCCCAGUUUCGGGGUCACUGCCAUUCCCAACUACAACAACUUCCAUGCACCUGCUGUACAAGGGAUGACUGUCUUUGGAGGGGUCAAUUCAUCGUCCCAUACUGGAACCCUUCGCACACGAGGAGGAACAGGUGUCACUCUCUUUGUAGCCCUGUAUGACUAUGAGGCACGGACAGAAGACGACCUCAGCUUCAGGAAAGGAGAGAAGUUCCAGAUUAUCAACAGCACUGAGGGCGAUUGGUGGGAUGCUCGUUCUCUGACCACGGGUGGAACCGGCUACAUUCCCAGUAAUUACGUGGCUCCGGUGGAUUCCAUCCAGGCUGAAGACUGGUACUUCGGUAAACUGGGCCGGAAGGACGCAGAAAGACAGCUUCUGAGCACAUGUAACCCACGUGGCACCUAUCUCAUCCGAGAGAGUGAAACUACCAAAGGUGCCUUCUCUCUGUCUAUACGAGACUGGGACGACAUCAAAGGAGACCAUGUGAAACAUUAUAAGAUUCGUAAGCUUGACAGUGGAGGCUACUACAUAACCACUAGAGCCCAAUUUGAAACACUUCAGCAGCUGGUCCAGCACUACUCAGAGCGAGCCGCAGGGCUGUGCUGUCGCUUGGUCGUGCCCUGCCACAAAGGAAUGCCCCGCCUCACCGACCUGUCCGUCAAAACCAAAGAUGUAUGGGAGAUCCCGCGGGAGUCGCUGCAGCUCAUCAAGCGGCUGGGCAAUGGGCAGUUUGGGGAGGUCUGGAUGGGCACAUGGAAUGGAAACACCAAGGUGGCGGUCAAGACUCUGAAACCGGGUACCAUGUCUCCAGAGUCUUUCCUGGAGGAGGCACAGAUCAUGAAGAAACUGCGGCACGACAAAUUGGUGCAGCUCUACGCUGUGGUCUCCGAAGAACCCAUCUACAUUGUCACUGAAUACAUGGGAAAAGGAAGCCUGCUUGAUUUCCUGAAAGACGGCGAGGGCCGAGGGCUAAAGCUGCCAAAUCUGGUCGACAUGGCCGCUCAGGUGGCUGCAGGAAUGGCUUACAUUGAGAGGAUGAACUACAUCCACAGAGAUCUUCGCUCUGCCAAUAUCCUGGUGGGAGACAACCUCGUGUGUAAGAUCGCCGACUUUGGUCUGGCCCGACUGAUUGAAGACAAUGAGUAUACAGCUCGGCAAGGUGCAAAAUUCCCCAUUAAAUGGACAGCGCCAGAAGCAGCUCUUUAUGGAAAGUUCACCAUUAAAUCAGACGUGUGGUCAUUUGGCAUCUUGCUCACUGAGCUGGUAACGAAGGGACGAGUCCCCUACCCAGGGAUGAAUAACAGGGAGGUGUUGGAGCAGGUGGAACGUGGCUACAGAAUGCCCUGUCCACAGGAUUGCCCAGGCUCCCUGCAUGAGCUUAUGGUGCAGUGUUGGAAAAAGGAACCAGAGGAAAGGCCCACCUUUGAAUAUCUACAGGCUUUCCUGGAGGAUUACUUCACAGCCACAGAGCCGCAGUAUCAGCCAGGAGACAACCUCUAAAGCCCAGCACGCUAGCCUGGCACCUAACAGACCCAGACUGGGUUACUUAGGGCCCUCUAGGCCCCCAAUUCUGCCUGUAGAGAUGUGUACAGCUUCCUGAGGCCGCCAGACUGUCUCCACCCUGCCCCUACUUCUUUCAUUCACUCUCUUCUCUAAAGAAGUGACAUACUCCUCAGACUUUUCAUUCGAUGCCAAUCUGAAAGCGAGAUCUGGUUCAGGGGCAGUACAGGAGGCGCAUCAGG